CCGUACAGUGAGCCGUAAAUUAUUGAAUGAACGAAACUCCGACAAGAAAGGUGGGACGUGAACGGCACCAACGGAGUUCCCCAUUCCCAUCAUCACCCCCGCCAUCCUCUCCCUACUCUCUCUCUCUCUCUCUCUCUCUCUCUAUUUAACAAAUUAACCACCUUUCGAAGACCAGUUCCAACACAAGACCAAGAGAACAAACAAGCUGCUCCACCACAACACACCUACGAAGAAGAAGAAGAAGAAGAAGAAGAGAGCUACAGAGAGACAGAGGAAAAUGUCGUGGCAAACUUACGUGGAUGAGCAUUUGAUGUGCGAUAUUGACGGGCAAGGCCAGCACCUCGCCGCUGCUGCCAUCGUCGGCCACGAUGGCUCUAUUUGGGCUCAGAGCUCUUCCUUCCCUCAGUUUAAGCCUCAGGAGAUCGCAGACAUCUUGAAGGAUUUCGAGGAACCGGGUCAUCUUGCUCCGACAGGCUUGCACAUUGGGGGAGCUAAAUACAUGGUCAUCCAGGGAGAGGCGGGAGCUGUCAUCCGCGGAAAGAAGGGAUCUGGAGGUAUCACUAUAAAGAAGACUGGUCAAGCUCUAGUUUUUGGCAUCUAUGAGGAACCUGUGACACCAGGGCAGUGCAACAUGGUGGUUGAGAUUGGGGAUUACCUCGCUGAUCAGGGCCUGUAGGCCAAGGUCUACCAUCACUUUUGAGUGUUUCCUUUUUGGCUUAAAUUGUUGUCUAUUUUCUAUUUUUUCCUUCCCAUUUCAGUUCCAAGUUUGCAUCUUCUUCAUUGCAAGCCUUAAAUUGGCUGUGAAGCUACUGCAGACAAUAACUUGUGAGAACUAAGACGGUUGUUUUAUGUUUGGUUGUUUGAAUUGCACCCCACAUGUUAUAAUUCUUUUUUGGUGUAA